AUGGGUGUCCCAAUGAAGAAUGGUGGUCAUGUUCUGUUCCCUGAGGAGGCUGUUUAUCUAGUUGAGCAUCACCUGGCUUGUGUCACAGACAACACACGUGUCCUCCCCCUGCUUGAUGCUUACCGCAUUCUUGGCGAAUGUGGCGUAUCAAUGCAUGUGUAUCGUGCUUAUGCAUCUUUACGGCAAGCAGGAUUUGCCGUUUUGCGGCCAAACCGAGCUCUUGUCCGUUCCCUUCCGUUACUUCAGGACCCACAACCUGAACAGUCGACAUCCAGACGUGAGAAGUGA